ACUCACCAAAAAACCAGCCCACUUUAGAGAGAGAGAGAGAGAGAGAAAAAGGAAAGCAAAAAACUCAAACCAGAAAAGAAACGAUGACGACGGUGGCCGGAUUACCCAAAUACGUGGUGCUGAAGUCCAAGUCCGACGGGAAGUACCUUCAUUACCUCUGGAACGACGAGUUCGGCGAGUACUACAAGGACCUGGGAUGCAAGCGCGACGUUAACGAGGUCAACCCGUUCGUGCAACUCGAGGUGGUCGCCUCCACCGCCGACCCGACCCUCAUCCACCUCCGCUGCUCUUACAACAACAAGUUCCUCCAGCUCACCAGCAAGUACGGCGUGUCGUGGAUCUCCGCCACCGCCGACGCCGCCGACGAGGACAAGACCAAGGCGACCUCCACCCUGUUCCAGCCCAUCUUCCCCGCCGGCGAGCCCAACACCGUCGGGUUCCUCCACGUGCAGACCCAGCGCCACCUCCGCACUUUCUACAACAAGGACUACAGCGCCGAGAUCAACUACGUCGCCUGUGUCUACACCAACGAUGGCACUGGGUAUCACCGCUACGAGUUCGCGGCGUGGGAGUCGUACGAGGACAAGAUGAAGAAGAAGGACGCGGAGAUCCAGAAGCUGAAGGCCGGCGACGGUGAGAGCCUCACCGCGGAUGCUAUAGUGGCGGAUCUGAGGAAGGAUAUAGCGGAGCAGAACGCGCAGCUGGACGCGGCGUACAAGGAGAUUGAUGAGAAGGAUGCCCAGAUCAAGGCUAAGGACAAGGAGAUUGCGGCCUUGAAAUCAGCCGCCGGCAAGUGAUUAAUUAAGUUGUUGUGUUCUUAAUGAAGUGUUUGGUUUUAUUUGGGUUUUCUUUGUGCUUGAUUAAGAAUAAUAAGAAGGCAUUACAUAUGGCGAGAUCAUGAUCAGCCUGCCGGUCUAUAGUUGAUUGAUCUGGAGGCAUUGUAUGGAUCUCGGUUAUGUAUGUGCGCUGAUGAACUACUACAACUGCUACUUAACCUUUUUUUCAAUUAAUUUCUGGUGUUUUUGAAGAUGAUGAAGUUGGGAAAAGCAAAGUUGUGGGUGUCUAUAUCAUCAUAUAUGUGUCAUUUUGUGAGAGAGGGAGGGAGUUUGAACUUUGUAUUGAUGGUCGAAUUAAAUAAAGGAUUCACUUUACU